AUGGGCGCGAUCAUCUCGGCGCCGGCGUCGGAGCUGCCGGACCGCGUGGACCGCGCGACGGCGGCGCGCCUCGCCGGCGCCGCCUUCGACGAGGCGCGCUGGGCGGCGGCCGCGGGCGCCGACGGCUGCGUCGGCCGCGACGAGCUCCUCGCCGCCGGCGCGGCGGCGCCGGCCGACGCCGGCGAGUCGGCGACGCUGCGCUUCAUCCACGUCAACGACAUCUACGACCUCGCGUCGCUGCCGUCCCUCGCGACGCUCGUCCGCGACCGGUCGGCCGGCGCCGAUCGAGUCGUCGUCACGUGCGGCGGCGACUUCCUCGCGCCCUACCUGCUGAGCGGCCUCGACCACGGCACGGGCAUGGUCGACUGCCUCAACGCGCUGGGCUGCACGCACUGCUGCUUCGGGAACCACGAGUGCGACGCGCCGCGCGGCGCGGGAAACGGGCGCCGCGCGCCCAACCGCAGAGGCUCCUCUCUCGGCCGUUUCCCGCUUGUCCCGCACGCGGCGCUCCUCGAGCGCAUCGCGCAGUUCGGCGGCGUCUGGAUCAACAGCAACAUGCCCGGCAUCACGGAGGGGUCGCCCCUCCACCCGCUGCCGGAGUACGACGUCGUCGAGGUCGCGAGCCGGAGCGGCGGCCACACGCGGCGCGUCGCGGUCCUCGGCCUGCUCUGCGACUACGCGCAGCUCUACCGGAAGUCGGCGUUCAACGGCCUCGCGGCCGCGGGCGGCAUCGAGCCGCCCAUGGACGCGUUGAAGCGACUCACCGGCGCGCUCCGAGACGCCGAGCAGCCCGACGCCGUCGUCGCGAUGACGCACCUGCUCGACGCCGAGGACGACGCGAUCUGCGCGACGGGCCUCUGCGACGCGGUGCUCGGCGGCCACGACCACGCGGUCACGGCCCGCGCCUCGAGCGGCGUGCCCCUGGCCAAGGCGGGCAUGGACGCGACGCACGCCGUCGUCAUGGACCUGUCCUGGAGCGACGCGCGGGCGGCGACGCCGGCGAUCCGCACGACCGUCGAGCGGACCGCGGACUUUGCGCCCGACGCGGAAAUCGCCGCGCGCGUCGCGUCGCACCUCGCCAAGGUCGAGGCCAUGGACGAGAUGGUGUUGAGCUCCGUCCGCCGCGACCUCUUCCCGGGCCUCCGCGUCGACGACGCCGCGGCGGCGCGCGGCCGCCGCGCGUCGCUGCGGCGGAGCGCCGCGGACGCGACGCCGCCGCUGACGUCCGUCGGCGUGCGCAACGGCGAGCGGUCCAUGGCGACGCUCCUGGCGUCGAUCGUCGCCGCGGAGCUCGGCGCGGACUGCUGCGUCCUCGAGGCCGGCGGCGUCCGGGGCAACGCGACGUACGAGGCGAGCCUGACCUUCGCGCACCUCCGGGCCGAGCUGCCCUUCGAGAACCUCAUGGCCGUCGUGCCCGUCGACGGCGCGUCGCUGUCGGCCUUCGUCCGCGACUCGCGCGACCGGCCGGACCUCCGGAGCCCGCGCGGCUACGCGUUCGUCCUCCACGGCGACGUCGGCCUCGCGUACUGCCCGGAGCGCAAGGCCGUGACGACGGUCCGCGGCGAGCCCCUGGACCCGGACCGACUCUACACCGUGGCGACCUGCGUCGACCUGGGCUUCGGCUCCGGCAAGAACCAGGGCAGCAAAAGAGAGCGAAAUUCCCAACUUCAAAGCCUCAUAUCUCGGCCGUUUUCCACUCGCAAGAACGCGGCCAUGGCCGCGUACGCGGCGCGCCACGGCGACCGGCUCCCGGACCGGGACGCGGCGAUCCCCGCGAAGACGCUCGUCAUGAAGUACCUCUGCCGCGAGCUCUGGAAGCUCUUGCCGGCCUUCGACGACGUCGACGCGGACCGCUCCGGGUUCCUGGACCACGACGAGGUCAAGCGGACCUACGUCGCCGCGCUCAUGGCCGUCCACGACGACGGCGCGCCCGAGUGCGAGUCGGAGAAGAUCGCCGCGGAGAACAUGGUCGACCAGCUCAUCGCCUGCCUCGACACGAACAGCGACGGCAGGGUCGACCGCCGGGAGUACGCCGCCGUCGCCCACGGGGCCCACUAA